GUGCGAUCGAGACGAGUUCAGUUCGAGUCGGCGGCGAGAGUGAACGCGUUUCUAGGUUUUAUCUUCCGUUCUUCUGUUCCCCGUUCGCACAGCAUUCUGAUACUCACCGUUUUCUCGUGCUGGUUUGGAGUGGUGUGAAGAAGUGAAGAGUGGGACCAGAUUGGUGAUAGUUUUUUUUCUGCUUCUCUGGUAUUGACUUGUGAAGGAGAAAAAAAGGUUGAGACGAGGUGGGAGUAGGUUGUAUAUCAGCACCGUUGUUUUGCUUCGACUCUGUUGCUGUUGUUUUUCAUUGUGCAAUUUUUUUCUGCUAUUGACGCGAUUAGGAACAAUAUUUACACCUUUGUUUCCGUUUGACCUUGGCGAUGAUUUUGCGAUAAGGGGAAACGUGUUUCCAAGAAGCUGUUGGCGUGCUAGUGAAAUUGAAUAAAAAAUUAAGUGCUGCAGUUGGAUCGAUUACUGAAUUUUUUAAAGCUGAGAGUGAUGAGAAAAUUUUAAACUGGGGCGAUUUAGGUGGAAACCAGUCACAAUCUGGUGGACAAAAAUCGGUGAAUAAAGUCGUACAAAAGUGCAGAUUUUUUCGUCAUUCACCUCGAUCCGAUUUCGAUUCCUUCACACUCGCUACCAAUACAUGAACGUUGGCCGUAGGCGAAGCAAACAAGCAGCAAGAAGGUGAGGUGAAACGCGACGACAUUGGAGAAUAAUAAUAACAACAACAACAACAACCGAAAGGUGUUGUGGAUAGAAGAAACCAGAAAAUGAGAUAGAGACCAUCCUGUGUGGAGGUCGCGGAUCGCAAAGAAAGGCGAAAGGAAGAAUCGGGCAAAAGAGUGAGUGGCCCCCAAAACAGCCUACUUGGAUUUACAGCGCAAACAAGUCCAGUGUUGUGCAAAAUUGCAUGGAUGUGUAGAAAGGAAGCGGCUGAAAAGAGAGUGUGCAGAUACAGAGAGAGAGGGAGCCAGCAUAAACGACGGUUUUCUGUUUUUAUUUUCUUUGCUCUGUUUGGACUGUCGUUCUUACCUGUGUGUGCAGUAGCAACAGCAGCAGCAAGUAGGCUGGCUGGCGUUUAGUAGUGUUUGCGGUUGCUGCCAUUGUGCAGCUGUGGUGGUGUACGAGAAACAGCUACGGCUCGGCUAGUGUCAAUAAACUCUGGCGUCCGAAUGAGAGGUGGAAUACGCGAAGCAGUGGAACAUAGCAAGCUUGCGGAUAAAAGUUGAAACCUUCGGGACCCAAAACUCCUCCGCUCAAAUAGACAUGUAGCAUUCCUGCUUUUAUCCGGUUUGCAUAGAAAUGAUUGCUGUCUUCGUAUUAUUGUCAUAGCGCACGUGAAGAAUAAUUAUUGAAGCAGUAGCAGAAUGACAUCAACGGAGUCGCGUGGAAACGUAUCGGUUACAACGAUCAACUGUGGGAAUGAUCCCAGCCUCAGCCCGGCAAACGUGGGCACUAUAAUUCCGGCGGGAUCCAGCUCCGGUAGUAGCAGUAGUAGUAACAGCAGUAGUAACACCCCGAAUGCUAGCGUCAACAGUAGUACGAUCUUCGGGAAUGUUGGUAUCAGAAUAACCGUGCCAAAAAUGGAAGAAUCCGACGAGUCUGAUACAGAGCUUUCGAACAUUGAAAAUACAGCCAAGGUAAACAUGCGAGAGGAUAGUCGCGCUAGCAAAGGACUGCCCCGGCCAAUGUCCUGGGAGGGGGAACUAUCGGAACCGGAAGCGAUGAUGAUUGACAACGAAAAUAGUUCCAGUGGGAUCGGUCCGGAGAUGGCAACAAUCGAAAAGGCAGAGCCAUUGCUAGUAACUAAGGAGGAACCAUCGGGGCCCGGUAUAACCGAACCGUUGGCACUGACGGCCAAUCACAGCAGUAGUAGCUCUCCCCUGCCAAGUAGAAUGAUCAAACCGGAAGUGGGCAUUCCAUUGAUCAACCAAAGCGUUGCAUCGAGCUACGCUAAUUCCAUUCCAUCUAGUAGUAGUAGUAGUAGUAUUAAUGCUAAGAAACUCCCGGACGUAAUCAACUUAAAGUACGAGCAUAGCUUGGCGGAGAAUCUUCCAGCAGUCAAUUCACCGCUUUUGGUCCGUUCCAAAACUACACUCCUCCCGGCCAAUCCGAGUCCAGAUUCCGCCAUUCACUCGGUAUACACGCACAGUUCACCUAGCCAGUCUCCGUUGACAUCACGCCAUGCUGCCUACACGCCUUCGCUAAGCCGUAACAAUAGCGAUGCCUCGUACAGCAGCUGUUAUUCGUACAGUUCCGAGUUCAGUCCGACACAUUCUCCGAUCCAGGGACGGCACAAUAUGUUCGCCAGCGGGUCCUACAACGGGUCUCCGCUGCAUCACUCAGUAUUAUACAAGCCGAUGAUCGACAACGAGCAAGCACUGAAGCUUGCCAGUCAGGAGGAGCCGGUCUUCGACAGCGAACAUCUUCCGUCCCCGGGAAUCUCCCGGCAGCAGCUGAUCAAUAGUCCAUGUCCCAUUUGUGGAGAUAAGAUCUCCGGGUUCCAUUAUGGGAUUUUCUCGUGCGAAUCGUGCAAGGGAUUCUUCAAGCGUACUGUGCAAAACCGGAAGAACUAUGUGUGCCUUAGGGGAGCGGCCUGUCCGGUGACGAUUGCGACACGGAAAAAGUGUCCCGCCUGCCGGUUCGAAAAGUGCCUUCAAAAGGGAAUGAAGCUGGAAGCUAUACGCGAAGAUCGCACACGAGGCGGUCGUUCCACGUACCAGUGCUCAUACACCCUGCCCGGUACGAUUCUGAGCCCUUCGCUGGCCGGCAACGAUAAUGGCAACAACUUUCCGUACUCGAAAUUCCAAUCUGGCGGUCAGUUUCCACCGGGCAGCAUCGGAGGUUCGACCGGUCAUCAGUUCAAGAUCGAGUCUCAACAGGACGUCAAAAGUAACUCGAACAGCCCUGCUGGCAUGCUGACCGGGAAUAACGGUGGCGAACACGUACGACCGGGUGUUCCACAGCUACUGCAGGAAAUCAUGGACGUCGAACAUCUGUGGCAGUACAACGCUAUGGAAUUGGCGAGGUUGAAUCAACCGCCACCGCCGGUAACUCCGGCAGCCAUUGCCGCUAGCCCUCUGCUCUCCAGUGCCGGUAUCACCAGCGAGAGUAAUCCGGAUCUGAUCGCGAAUCUGUGCAACAUUGCGGACCAUCGACUGUACAAAAUAGUCAAGUGGUGCAAGAGUUUGCCUCUGUUUAAGAACAUUUCGAUUGACGAUCAGAUCUGCCUGCUGAUCAACUCGUGGUGUGAAUUGUUGCUGUUUUCAUGCUGCUUCCGGUCGAUGCCGACUCCGGGGGAAAUUAAGAUCUCACUCGGAAAGUCGAUCACGUUGGAGCAGGCCAGGCACAGCGGGUUGCAGACCUGUAUCGAACGAAUGCUCAAUCUGACCGAUCAUCUGCGGCGACUUCGCGUUGAUCGUUACGAAUACGUCGCUAUGAAGGUGAUCGUGCUCAUGUCGUCGGAUACCUCGGAACUAAAAGAAUCGGAGAAAGUAAGAGCCAGUCAAGAGAAGGCUCUACAGGCACUUCAAGCUUACACGUUAGCUCACUACCCGGAAACUCCGGCCAAGUUUGGAGAGCUACUGUUGCGAAUUCCAGAACUUCAGCGAACUUGUCAGCUUUCAUUUCAGGUUGGCAAGGAGAUGCUAACCAUCAAGCCGAAGGAAGGCGAAGAACCGUCCUUUAAUCUGCUGAUGGAACUGCUCCGGGGAGAGCAUUAGGACGAACUAGGAUUUCGACCUCGGAAAACCAGACGAACGUGCCUCAUACAUUCUAGUGUUUAGAAACCGGUGCCUCCACGGUGGUCGACGACUGCCGGAGGAAGGCACUGCGAUCAUAGUAGGCGCGGGAACGCCUCACAUCACCCCGCACGUGUUUUGUGCGGGCAUUCUUCACUACUGCUACUGACGCAUUCAGCUCUCUCUAUCACACCUACAUACACACUCCCUCGUUUUUCCUUAGUUGUUUGAGUGAAUCUUCAUGGCAGCUACCACCGAGGAAGGCUGGUGGUAGCGCAAGCUGUUUGUGUUUUUUCCCAUAUUUGAAUGCUGUAACCCGAAAUCAAAACUCUUUCUAGAAAUUGUGAUUUUUACUUUUAAUCUAAUAAGAAGAGCGAGUUUAUUUUAUUCCUUUUUAUAAGUAGUUUUAAAUCAGAUAUUUAACAGAUUUUUAUUUUUCCCCCAUGCAGUUUUUUUUACAUAUUGUCUGUUGUAAGAAGUUUUAUUUAACUACUCGUAUGUAACUUUAAACAUCGUUCAAAACGGUUUUCUUGCUAUACGUGCGAGGAUGAAGAAUGCGUCUAAACGCCCUUUAACAGAGUUGAUUUUCGUUUUCUGUAUUGUCCUUUGAUCCCUUAGAAGUACCGAUUAAGUUUCCUUAUAGCACUUUAAGACAGAACUCAUAGUAGGUUAAAAUUCUCACGAAACACACAAUACUUUCACUACGGUAGCAAUAGAAUUUUCCCGACAAGUUAGGGAAAAACCCAACUACUACGCUCUUGAAUUAUUUUUUUUUUCUUAUUAGACAAAGAAAAUAGCAUUGUAUUGUUGAUUAAUACAAGUUUUGUUAAGCAGUGCUUUUUUUAAAUCGAAAUGUUUAAGUUUUUCCAGCGGCUCGAUUACGUUUUGUAAUUCGAUAGUCGACUGAUUUUGCAAAUAUUCUAUUGACAGCGUAAGGAUUAACUGAGAUAAUUUUGUUUCUAAGAUUAGCGUGUAAGCAAACGUGUCAUCGAAGGAUCUUCAACGUUUGAACAAACCCUUGUAAGGCACAACUUGAACUCAAAAACGGACAGGAAUAAAUAAAUAAAAAAAAACUAGUCCGAAUCCCCACGAAGCUGGCGGGUGACGGCUGAUCGAUUUCAUGAUUAAACACGGUUGAGAGGCAAACGGUUUCCACAAGUUUUUACAAGCCUUUAACUGAUCACUGUUCUCCUGAUCGAUAUAACGCGCUUAUAUCGAAUCGGAGUCUUGUGACAACAGCAAUUCCUUUGUUUGGCCAUUUUGCUAAAAUCGCAAAAAGUGACGGAGAAAUGUGUGCCUUUUGUCUGAGAACCAACCAGAUGGAAAUAUUACAACAAUUUUCCGGUAGAGUAUAAAAUAUUUUAUAAAAAAAAAUCUGGAGAAAAGUGCCAGAAGCAAGUUAAGCAAAACAGUUGAAAAAAAACCGAAUAUAAUGAGAGAACAACUAGUAAACAGAAAUGACUGAACUUUUUAGUCUAGUGUUAAUUAAUUACGUAAAAGAACAAAGCAACAAAAAAACAACACAACACAAACAGCCCAAGCGGUACCGGGUAACGUGUGCCGUGACACAGCAGAAUAGUCUAAUAUGCAACAAUAGAACAACUUUUUUGAAUCGUGUUUUUAUUCGACGAACUCUGGAGAAUAUUUCUUUGAUAGUUGCAAUAUACAAACAACGUUAGAGGGAGAGUCCCGGGGGCAGGCAAAGUACGCAUAACAGUUAGCUAACAGAGAAGCGUUGCAGAAGUAAGAAAAGGGGAAAAAAACAAUUUUCUAAAUAUUGUAUGAGAAGUGCAAUAUUUUUAUUUUCUAAACGUAUAGCUUCCAAAAGAGAGAAAAAAAAAAGAACAACAGAUGAAAAGAUUUUUGGAGGGCAUUUGCAGCUUUUUACGCAAAGAUUUCUGUGAAAAUGAGAAUGGUGUUUUCGUUCAGUGUGUAAAUAUCGGAGAGAGAUUUUUAAACAGCGAAUAAAAGUUGUCCAGGAAAAAGGGAAUUAUGUGAUGAUCUAUGCGUAAAAUCUAGUACUAUAGCGUAAAUAACGAAUAGAACACAAAGUAAACACAAAAACAUCUAGCAAAAUAUACAGCUACUUAAAAAUGAUCUUCUACAGUGAAGAGCAAAAUCAGCGGAAAAAAAUCAGCACAACAAAUCGGAGAAAUCGCAGUAUUUUUAGGAACGUACUUUUUUACUAAAAACCCCUCCUCCUCCACCCUACCACCCCUGUUGAAAAAGACCGUAGUAUGUUUCAUUACGUUGCAGGAUCGAUCGUUUUUUUAUGGCAAGUUGCGAUGCAAUCGGCAAGAUUAAAUCCAAUACUUCAAUUUAGUAGUUUUUAUACACGUAUUGUACUUAAACGAAUUUUUAGGUUUACUAUUAUGUAGCUCGGAACGAAAUCUUCCCAUCGCACCCCGCCGCUUACGACAAAUCGGAGGCUCGAUUAGUAACUAAUCGCGUUAUCUCGGCGUCGUCGUCGUCGUGGUGGUGAUGGUGGGGGAAGCCAAAUUGGACAUUUUUUAAAAAUAAAUAUCAGUUUAAAACUA